UUCCUGUGGUGAUAAAAGAGAGAAAGACGAGCGGAGUUCUGGUUUUGGUCCCUCAGUCUCAGAUGGAUUAUGGCUCCCAGGAGGAUGGAAACCAAACCGGCGAUCUUCUGCCUGAAGACGCUGCUGCUGCUCUACUCCUUCAUCUUCUGGGUGACAGGGGUGGUCCUGCUGGUGGUGGGGUUAUGGUGGAAGUUCAUGUUGGGUCCCUACAUGUUGCUGAUCUCUAGCAGCCCUUCCAGUGCUCCCUACGUCCUCACUGGCACCGGCGCUGCCAUUGCCCUGUUCGGACUGUUCGGCUGUUUUGCCACCUGUAGGGGGCGUCCUUGGAUGUUAAAACUGUACGCAGUGUUUCUGUCUCUGGUCUUCAUGACUGAACUCAUUGCUGGGAUCUCUGGAUUUGUCUUUCGUCAUGAGAUUAAAGGGACAUUCCUCACUGCCUACAGUGCAGCAGUGAUGAGAUACGACGGACGAGAUGACAGGAGUGUGGCAGUGGAUGGUGUCCAACGCAGAUUACACUGCUGUGGAGUUUAUAAUUACACCAGCUGGUUCAGCAGUGUGUAUUUUCCCAUCAGUGGGAUUCCUACCAGCUGUUGUGUUCAUGUCUCUGACUGCAAUGAAGCAGACCUGAAGAACACCACUCUGGCAGCACAGAAGGUCUACAAAGAGGGUUGCUAUGAGCUGGUUGUGUCCUUCAUAGAGAGCAACAUGGGAAUCAUUGCUGGAGUUACCUUUGGUAUUGCCUUCUCUCAGCUGGUCGGUGUAACUCUGGCCUGCUGCUUGUCUCACUUCAUCAACAGCAACCAGUACGAGAUGAUCUAACAGGAAAGUGAAUAAGAUGUACAUCACCAUGGAAACCUUAGGAAAAACACACACAUACAAACACGCACUGUUAGCAUUCCUCUUGUAUUUAUUUUGUGUCUUUCUGUGAAAUACUCAAAAUUGACCCCUUUGUGUUCUCUCUCUUUGUGUUGUUAGGAUCUUUCUUUGUAUGUGUGUCAGGCUCAGGUCCUGAAAAAACCUGUUGUCAGUAACAAUCAUAUUCAGAAAGCCCUCUUAGGGGCACCACAACACUUGAAAGGCUUUCACAUUUUUAGGUUAAAGUUGAAAUUUGAUUCUGUGGCAGUGUGCUGUGUUUGAAAGACGUGUUGUUCAUGUUUCAUAUUCUGUGUACUGUGAUGUGACAGAUUUUAUAUUUCUGUUUUCUGAAUGACAAACUCACUGAUAACUAUUUGAGACAUGCAAUGUUUUCAACAAAAUAAAUGAGGCUGCAUGUUG